UCUUGUUAGAGUAGGUUCAUCUAUACAUCGUAAAAUUUGUCCAAGGAUGCUGUCGUUAUUAUUUUGUCUGAGUGUUGCAUCAGCUGUUCUUGUGGAUCCGAAUGAAGGUCAUCAGGAAUACAACUCAGGAAACCCAAAGGGUUGGCAUUAUUUCAAACAAUACCAUCCUCUUACUUCACCAGUUUUGUUUACUGCAAAUACUCAUGUGUUUCCGAAGUACGAAUUUGAAUACGCAGUUUCUGAUAAACUGACCGGAGAUCAUAAGCAUCACCAUGAAACAAGAGACGGUAACAAAGUCCGCGGAGAGUAUAGUCUUGUGGAACCAGAUGGCUCGCUCAGAACAGUGCAAUAUAACGCUGAUCACCAUAAAGGAUUUAAUGCUUUUGUUAGUAAAACUGUUCAAAAGCACGGCGGCCAUGCUUUUUCAAUAUUCGGUCAUACUCAGCACUUCAUGCCGCUUGGACAAGGUGUAAAGAUCAAUCAAUUCUUCCCUAAAAAAGGUUACAGUCCUUAUAAUCCCGUUGAAAUAAAUAAAACCUUUGAUAACACUGCUACACACAAUGCAGAGGAAACCGAGAAAUCUUCGUUUGAAAAUAAAAAUAUUUCGACUACUUCUGACGUCACAAAGAAUGCUCAAAUGCCACAUGAACACACAAAUGCCCCAAUUUUAGAAACAUCAACAAAAACAAGCAACUAUGAAUUACCAAUAAUUCAAAUGGAAACUGUAGAAGGCCCUUUGGUUAAAGUAUUACCAACAGAAAUACCAACAACAACUAAUAGCAUACCAGAAAAAGAUGCAGAAAGCACAAAUUCUUUAAAAUAUUUUGAAAAUAACGAAGAACAUUCCUUAAGUGAAAACAGUUCGUCAGAUGAAGAUCAGACUAAAGUUAAAGGAGAACAUUAUCCUGAUUCAGAAGUCGCUUCAUCAUAUUAUUCUAGAAUUUAUUAUGUUGGUUUUUAA